AUGGGUCGAUUUCAUACGAGUACCAGAGGGAUUGCCCAAGCCUACGAUUUCAGGGUCUAUCGCCCAACUGAUAUCUGUGAUAUAGGCCUAUUGUGCGACUUAAUAUGGGCAGAUCCAUCGCCAGCAUGUUCUUUGUUCGAAGAAAGCCCACGUGGAGUAUCCUUCGUAUUCGGUAAACAGGCGGUGAACGAUUUCUGCAAUCGGAUGAAUGUAGACCUGAUAUGCCGUGCGCAUCAAUGUGUUAUGGAGGGGUACGAGUUCUUCGCCGAUCAAAAGUGUCUGACGCUCUUCUCAGCACCCUGCUACUGUGGUGAGCUCGACAAUCGAGCCGCAGUUAUGCAUGUGAGCGGACAGUUAGAAUGCCGAGUGCUAACGUUCAAAAAGGACACGGGGCUAACAACGGCAGAAUGUAAACGGACGAUUGAAUCAAAUGCAGUUUCCCCGUCAAGACCCAAAGGUGCUGCUCGAUCAGAAAUCACAAGCUCCCCAUCGGCAAGUGCUCGGAACGACUUGAAGAUCGACAGAACGCCCAGGUCAGACCCUCCUACUAAACCCAUAGUGGCUGCUUCAGCACCAACAAAAGGAGCAGGAAAUCUCAAUGUGACAACACAAUGUGCGGAUGGAAAGCGAGCUCCCGCAGGGAGAAAAUCCUUUCUGAUCCAACAACCUUGUACGGAUAACGGCCAAGCUUCGGGCAAAAAAUCCAUGGUGAUGACAGCUCGUCCGGCCGAAAUUCAAAUCCCUGCAAGCAAGACAUCCUCGGUGGUGUCACUUGACACAGAUCGCAGUCGAGCUGGUUCAAGCAACAUACCACUUGCAGUGUCACCAUGUACGGAUGAAAGGUCGUCGGCUCCUUCGCUCAAACAAUUCAUUGUGAUGGCUCCCGGUACAGAGAAAAAGGGAUCCUCUGCAGGCAAAAAAUCACUUGUCAUGUCACUUCGCAUGGAUGAUAAUCGAGCUUCUACAGGCAAAGACUCCAUCUUGAUGAUACGUUCCACGAAUGGGAAUCAAACCACUCCACUUAAAAAACCUAACGAGAUGACACCUGGUGCCGGUCAACGAAUUCCUGCCGAAAAAAAUCCAUCGAAAUGA